GUGUACAGCUUCAUAUCAUGAAAUAGGUGAGAGAACUCCUAUCGCUAAGUGUGCUUGAUACAUAAUGUUUAUCGCUAAUCUGUUUUCACAAAUUGAUUCUACCCCUUGACUUCUACAUUUCAUCAAGUUUCAGGACCAAUCCAACCACUCCACAGUCCAAGAACGUAUCAUCUUCCCUUUCACCAUGUCGACCCCACCCUUCAUCUCCAGCGAGUUAUCUUCGAUACCGCCAGAUGAGACAUAUUUAUCAUCCUCGCCCUCUACCUCGUCUUCACCCUCAGGUUCGACUCCCCGACCAAAACGCCCUUCCCUAAGACGAUCCCCUACUAGAUAUCGGCAGAUUCGGCGUGUUGCAGGAAAAAAAAAACUUCAACCAUUUGAUAAAUUGCGCGAAACAUUGUAUCUGUGGCGAGAGCAGCGGUUCACGUUUAAAGAAUUCCUCCGCGCCUGGUUACUAUCGGAUAAGCACCAUGGUACCUUAGGGAGGUCUACAAGGGUUGGAAUAUUCCGUGAACUCUUAGAAGAGGAGGAAAUCCGUGAGGUUGUUGGGCAUCACCCUUCAAGCCGCCAUAAUUGGCAACCUCUCCUCAAAGAACUUGAUGGCUUGGCCGAAUACAAAUACUUUGAUACCUUCGAUCCUGAUACCGCCCACGAAUGGGAUAUCGACCUUGAAGAUGUCCGAAAAGUUAUCAAGACUGGGGCACCGGAAUGGUACCGCUGUUUAGAUCUAGUUCUUCGAAACUGUCGCAGUCAAGAACCAGAUCAAAGGGAGACUCUUUCAAAAGGGACAAUUGGGCAAAUGUACACGAUGACUGCAGUAGCAUGCCGGAGUCGUAAGCGGAACACAUCAAAUGUAUACGCUAAGCAGUUGGGGUUAUAUAUGAUCUCUAGUGGGACAAAGCGGCGGGUCGUGGAUACAGCUGCUGGUCUUGGGCUCACUGAGACAUACCAAAGUAUUAAUGAGGAGGUUUCAGGUAUGGCACUCAAGGCGAAGAACCGCCUCCCAAUGCUGGCCAAAAAGCCAAAGACAGUCCUUGUUUAUGAUAACUUCAACUUCAAAGAUACUGUGCGCGAGCAGACAAUUGGUUCAACCCAUAUUAUGCGGAAUCUGACAACAUGCCUGUUGGUUGAGAACCCAUAUUUGCCUGAUGAAGGUUUAUUCCAAUCAAGUUUCGAUCCUUCCCAACUUCUCUCUUUUAAAGACAUCUGUAAAGCCGAUGGCUUAAAGUAUGAUGAGAAAAAGCAGAGUAUAGACAUUCACUUAGUCUACGAGGCCCUACAACACGUUCAUUCUACAAGUAUUGACUUGGUUUUCCAAUCACAGCCGUCUGCUGUCCCUGCUUAUCCAGAGAUCAACCGUUUACAUGCGGGUGGGAAUGUAACAAACAUCCAUCAUCUUCGGGCUGCCCCUUUUGAUGAAGGAACAAUCCAAGGAACCUACGGAGUUCAUGAAGAUAUUUGGAUCCGACAGUUGGGUUUCCAAUCCCAGCCACCAAGCGAAGACUUCACAAACCGUCUCUGGUUGGUAUUUGGAGACCAGAAAACAGCCCAACAUAUCCGUACUCUAAAGGAGGCCCAGAAGAAUGCUAUUCUACCUUUUGACCGACGGAGAUGGAUGUUAGGUCCAUCUGGACUGUUCCAUGUCCUUAUGAAUCUCAUCCUAACGAUCGUCCGUAUCCAUUUUGAUACGGAGCCUUCACUACCGUCGGAUAAAGAGCCUUCACUACCAUCAGAUGCAACGCUUCUAUCGGAUAUCAUCUACUGGGAUCGAAAAGGAUAUACUCGAGAAUCCCCAAAGUUCUACAUGUUUGACCCCCUGCUCAAGCAAUCAUUUUAUGCUCGUGUCUUGAUGCUAUGGUAUCAUGUUCUUACGAGACGAGGACAUAUCCAAAAGGCAUUCCUUGAAGAUUCCAGUCCAAGUUCGAAACUGGAUCUAAUUAUCCAGAACCUGGAGCCAGAAGAACUUAUCUCUACAAUGAAAGAGGUCUGCACACUGGCAUUCUCUCUAGAGGCAUGGGACACGACACAAUAUGGACUUGAAUUUCGAAGUCUCUGCCGACUUGUCCAGUUGAUCAGCAUCUUCCUUUCUUUGCGUAAAGCAGUCAAGAAUGGCGACAUCGGCUGGAUUGACCGUUUAAUCGACCCACUUGCAGUUAUCUUCCACGCAACUGGACAGCACAAGUAUGGUGAUGAAAUGCUCCAUCUUCGUUGGAUAUUAUCUGAAUGCGUUUCAGAGAAGAUUCUCCGCGACGCAAUACUCUCAUCCAGUCUUGUGAAUUUACAUGGCAAACCAGGCCAGUUCAAGGGUAUUGACCUAGCCCUUGAACACGUUAAUUGCGCAUACAAGAUUGAUAUGAAGUUAUUGAAGAAUUCAACACAUAAUGCAGACAAAACCUUUGGUAGAGUCGCAUUAUUAAGUAAUGUCUUCUCCAAGAUUCGUGGGGCAUGGGAAAACUCAUUUGGGUUUACCCAAAGCGAUCGACACACAACCAAAGCCGAUCAACGGGAUAUCUUCAGUCGCGCCCUUCAACUAUAUCUACGCAGUCCUUUGCUCACUAUCCAACCUCGCGAUGCUGUUGGUUGGGACGCACCUGAUAUCUUCCGGAUUGGUGCUGAGGUCUUGGAACAAAAGGUCAAUUCCUUCAACAAUCGGAUACCAGUCCGCUCUAGUAUCAUCCCCCAGGCUGAUCCUUACCUUGACGAAGAGAUGGAUUUAAAUCCUCAUAACUCUGAGACUUCACCAGCAAUUACCUACACUGAGGCUUGUGAAGAUGGGCUUGUUGAGGAUUAUGAUAUUCUUUGACUACGUUAUCGCUCACUUCACCUAUAUCCCUCGAAGCCCUCUAUAUCGAAACUAUUCGUCUCCAAGGCCUAGUUUCGAACUGGUUUACUGAGCCCGUCGCUCAUUAACCAAUUCAUAGUUGAGACUAGGGUGCCUCGUGCUGCACAACCUGGGGGAUAUUGAGUAUGGAAUGGGGUCAAUGUGUAGAUAAAAGCC